AUGAACAAGGACUCAUUACGAAUAAUGUCAACUCCCAAGAGUGUUAAGACGACGAAACCAGAAGUUAUGGACACAAUUUCUGAUAUUGAAAUAAUACGAAGCCUUUUAUACUGUUUCCAAGGAGUUGAUAGCCAUUGGAUAGAAUUCAAUCAAAACGAAAAACAAUUUGUAGUUACAGCACGAUUAGACUUUUACCAAACUAGCAAAGUAAAUCGGCUAAUGGAACUUGGAUAUCUACAUAACAUAGUGCAAGAGUAUAUUGAAAAUAACAGUGACAACAAGAAUGGCUCCGUAGCUUCAGGAAUAGCACAUUGUUUGCAUGAGGAACUAUGUAUUUAUUAUGACAGUAUUAACAAGUUGCAAAAAGAGGUUAAUGAAGCAUAUGAAAAAUCCAAAGAAUAUUCGCUUGGAAAUUUAUUGUGUUGGUCUGUACUUUGGUUAGGGCAAUUACAGGAUUUGGCAUAUACAGUAAAAAUGAUUGAUGGUGCUAAACGUGGUGGUGAGCUAGUAUCUGUUAUUGCUCCAUUCGCAUACUGUGCAAAUCCCUAUUUACAACAAAUGGCUACAAAUAUGAUUAAAGUGGCAACUAGACCAUUAAUGAUGAUUAUGUGUCAUUGGAUGGUUGACGGGGAACUUUUAGAUAAUUAUGAAGAAUUUUUUAUCUGUCAUUGCCCGGACAUUAAUAACCUUGAUAUGUGGAACAAUCGAUACACAAUUCGGGAGUCUAUGGUUCCGGCAUUUUUUACCAAGGAUGAUGUAAACAGAAUUUUUCGUACCGGGAGGUAUAUCAAUUUUCUACAUACAAUAUGCAAGAGUAAACCUGAGUUAACACCAUCCAGGAAAACUUUAAAGGAUCUUCGAAAUUCUGGAGAUAAAGAUUUGUUUCCAAUGUUAGAACAAGGUAGCAUUAUUUCUGAUAUGAUUAACAAGGCUUGCACUGAAUCUUCUACUGUAGUACUGGAUAUUUUAAAAGAACAGUUUAACUUAUUUUUACACUUCGAGGGACUUAGGCGUUAUAUGCUCUUAGGACAAGGAGACUUUGUCACAAGCUUGCUAGAAAUUCUCCAGCCUCAUUUAGAUAAAUCUUCAGGUGCACUUGGUCAUCAUACAUUUAGAAAUUUGUUGGACACUGCUGUAAGAAUGAGCAAUGCUCAGUAUGAUAAACCUACAAUACUAAAAACACUUGAUGUAAAAUUAUUACCCACGUCUGGAGAAGAUUGUGGAUGGGAUAUAUUUCAAUUGGAUUAUUCGACUGGUGGUCCGUUGGAAACGAUUUUUGAGUUCAAUGGAAGUGGAAGAUAUUCAAUUAUGUUUGUGUUCUUGUGGCGUCUAAAAAGAAUAGAUUUUGUGCUGUCACAGAUGUGGAGGGAAUUAAAUCUACAGAUUAAAACUUCAUACCACAUAGUUCCAGAAAUACGGUAUGCCUUGAAGUGGACCAAUAAUCUGGUGGCAGAAAUGGUACACAGCGUACGGCAAAUACAGUUUUAUGUGCUGUCAGACGUCAUAGAAACCGAAUGGGAACACUUUCGAGAGGCCAUUAACAAAGCGUCCUUGCUGGAGACAGUGAUCCAAGCACACAACCAGUUCCUGAAGAAUAUCUUCAAGCGAUCCGUACAAACCGAAGAGACUCACGAUUUAUCAAAGAAAAUGCGUCAGCUAUUCGAGUCUGUGUUAGAACUCCGGGGCAUUCAAGAAAGGUUUCAUAGCCAGUCUGAGCAUGAACUAAAUAGGCGUAAAGACCUAGAAAAAUAUAUCGAAGAGCACGGUACGAACAAUAAAAUGGAAAAAGAUGACUUGGAAACGAAAGAGGCGUUCUUGUUGGAAGUUGAAAGAUAUGAAAACAUCAUCAAGGAGAUCAGUAGUUCAUAUAAGAUUGAUUUAGUGAAAUUUUUGAAAAAACUCAUUCAAGUGUCAACUGACGACCAGGACGCUUUACACUCGUUGGCCAACCGUAUCAACUUCAACAAGUACUAUAGUAAAAACGAUCAAGAUUUAGAGAAAUGUGCCACCUAUAUAUGCAGAUCUCACAAAUAG